AGUCCGCUGGGAACAUAAAUACUUUUGCUCUCACUGCACAUGUUAGAGGUCUCCCGUCCUUGUUCAUACAAACCACUGCCAAAGAUCUCCUUCAACCAAAGCCUUUCCAAUCGUUUUUUUCCCUCUGCAACUCUUUUUCUGAUUCAUGAUAUUGUUAGAUAAAGCUUGCAAAAGUAGUUUAAUGUUGGUUUUAUAGAUCCACCCACCACCCUGCUGGAUUGUUAAAACUCCCAAAAGCAUUUUUCAGUUGAUCAAUUCUCUUCGAUCGCUUGCUUGUUGGAAUAAUCAGGUCAAUUGGUAUUGCUAUAUCAAUCAUCAAAGAAACGUAGCUUCACAGCUUUCAUCAGAAAAUGGUGAUUACGGAAUCUGAGAUUGGCGAGGUUGAGUCAUCGUUGCAGGUGGAUCAGCAGCAGAAGAACCACCCUUUCUCGUCCCUUGGAAGACAAUCCUCAAUCUAUUCCCUCACUCUUGAUGAGUUCCAGCACACGGUAUGUGAGGAUGGGAAGAACUUCGGGUCCAUGAACAUGGACGAGUUCAUUACCAGCAUCUGGAACGCUGAAGAAAACCAAGCUAUCAACUCCAACAUUUACAAUCAGCAGAGCAACUGUGCAAAUAAACAAGUUAGCAGCUAUGUUCAUUUGUCGUUGAAUGAAACAACAAGCAAUAACGGCAUAGCUAAGCAGCCUAGCCUGCCAAGGCAAGGCUCGCUUACGCUUCCUGCACCUCUUUGUAGGAAGACUGUUGAUGAAGUUUGGUCUGAGAUGCAUCAAGGGCAGCAAGGACAAGGACAGAGCAACAAUAGCAAUGUAGAGAAUGCUGAGAAUGGAACCCGGCAGCCAACUUUUGGGGAGAUGACCUUGGAGGAUUUCUUGAUUAAGGCAGGGGUAAGGGAACAAUGCAUGCUACCAGCACCGCCUCCGCAGCACCAACCGCAAUAUGGGUUGUAUCAGAGUGGCAAUAACGCUGCGGGGGGUCCAGGUUUUGUUUCCAGGCCCAUUAUGGGAGUGGAUAGCAAAGGUGGCUUUGGUGGGAGUGCAUACCAGACAAUGCCUCCAGGUGGAGUCAUCGGUGAUUCAUCUGGGUAUGUUAAUGAUUGUAAAAGGGGUAGUGGCUAUCAGCCAACUGCUCCGCCACCAACGACAGUUUGUUACAGUGGGAAGGUAGCUGCUGCUGGUGCCUAUGUACGUGGACAGGCAAUGGGAGUGGUGUCACCAAUGAGUCCAGUAUCAUCAGAAGGGAUGUGUAACAGUCAAGUUGAUAAUGCUGCUAAUCAUUUUGGGAUGGAUAUGGGCGGACUAAGGGGAAGGAAAAGGAUCAUUGAGGGUCCAAUAGAGAAGGUAGUUGAGAGAAGGCAACGCAGGAUGAUUAAGAAUAGGGAGUCAGCUGCAAGGUCUAGAGCUAGAAAACAGGCAUAUACAGUCGAGCUAGAAGCAGAAUUGGACCAAUUGAAACAAGAGAAUGCCCAUCUUAAGCAGGCUCUGGAAGAACUCGACAGGAAAAGGAAGCAACAGUACUUUGAGGAAAGGAAAAUGAUAACACAAACCGAAGCCCAAAAAGCUAAAGAGAAACUAAGAAUAAUAAGAAGAAAUCUGAGUUGCCCAUUGUAAAGCAAAAGGGGGUGAAUUAGGCAUUGGCGAUGGAAGCUCCAGGACCAAUGACCUAAAAGCUAGAGAGGAGAACAGUCUGAAAUGAAGAAAAUUUGAGCACCACAAAUCUGAAGGGCAUCUAAGAGAAGGAAGACUAUCCGAAAUUCUUAUAAAUAAUCAAAUUCUGAAGUCUAAAUAUGCUUUUAGUGUUACACAGGUCUGUAUCUCAGACAUAGGUAUGUCAUUAAUUGUUUUGGUAUAUCUCAGUCUCCUUUAUAAAAUUUGGCCCUCAGUUUUCCGAGGGUGGUAAAUUAUUUAAUAAUUAUGAUUUCCAUGUGUUAUCAUUGAA